CCAAUAAACAAGUGGAUAUACACACCUUUGUGUUUGCGCGCGCGUGUGUGAUUCAACGACGCUAAAGUAACCCAAAGCCCAACAGUGAAAUUAGUUUUAAUCGUGUCUGUGGCUACAUUACUGGCAAAUGGAAUACGUAUGUCAAAUAGCUACACACACACACACACACACACACACACACAAUCACACACACACACAAUCACACACACAUACACAAAUACAAACACAUACACACACGCCCACAUUUUAUACGUAUGUAUGUAUGUAUGUAUGCAUGCACAUUGGUGUGAGUGUGUGAGCAGAUAUGCAUGCAAUUCCCACAGCUAUCACCAGCCACUAAAGUGACGAAGAAUGGGGAGAGAAAGAGAGAGAGAGAGAGAAAGAAAGAAAGAGAGUGAGGGGGGCAAUACUACCUGUCUAUAGGUGUUUCAAAAAUAUACAGCGAUCACAAAACAACGACAGAUCUGUGUACAAACCAUUAGUGACACACCUAAAUUCGCCUCCACUCACUGUCGUUAACCACUCAGUCAACCUCAACACACAAAAGGACAGAGAGCGACUACUGUAUGACUACACAUGCUCUCGUUUUGCCAAACCUUUUGGAGGGGGCUUCAUGACGGAGACAGUCCUCUCUCUUCUGAUAAACACGGAUUGAUAUAUACCUAUAGCAUUUAUUAUCUCUGCAGACGUAAUCUCGCUAUCCGGGGUCAUGACCAACUCCGAAGAAAGCCGAGAACAUUUACAGGAAGAUUUGGUGUCCGGUGAUCUCGGUCUGGGACUUGGCUUGAAACCAGGCGGUUUCAAACCAAACAUCAGUAGAGGCUCUUGUUCUGCCUUGGCUACAAACAGUUGUUGUAGUUAUGAGCAGCCAGUUGCAAUCAUGCAAAACUAUUCUAAUCGAACCCCACCGUUUGUCCAGACUCACACCUGUUCUUUAAAUCAAGAAAAUCCUCCGCACUGUAGCGUCUGUAGUAGAUACAUAACAAGUCAGCAAGUAACAUUAACUCAACCGCACAUGGAACACAUCAAGUCCAGAGACAGCACAACCCAACCAGUUACAUACCAUGAAAGCUUAGAUGCUCCGAGACCAGCAUCAUUUCAACGUCCCAGUUAUCGGAUCCAGGAAACAUUAGCUCAUCUAUUACAAGGUCAUGACCUCUUGUUGCCAGGGGCAACUCAGCCGGUGAAUCAAGAACCAAGUAAUUCUCAUGUAAAAAAGUUCCGUUUCAAACCAAAUCAAGAGAAAAACUAUGAGAAAAAAUUAAUAUUCAUGAUUCAGGAAGUUGAAGAAAUAAAGAUGGAAUUUGAAAACUGUCAACUGAGAUUGGAAUCAAAGUAUGAAGCUAUUAGAAUAUUGAAACAACAGAUGGAAAUGUCUCGCAAAGAAAGCAGUAAUUUGGAGAAGAAGAUCAAAUCUGAAAAUGAAGAACUUGUUAAGGCAGUGAACAGUCUUCAGUUUGCUUUGGGCCUCCAAGAGACCACAUUGAUGGACAGCCAGCAGACGUGGGCUCAUAGGUUUGAUAGUGCUUGCAAUGAAAAUGCAAAAUUACUCAAUGCCUUGGAAAAACGAUCUGAAGAAUUACAGAAAGUCCUUUCACAGAAAAUGGCUAUAACCAGAGAAAGAGAUGAGUUAUUGGCCCUGCUUGAUAUCCAAGACAAGGUGAAGUAUGACCGUAUCCACUGCAACCCAAACGAUCGAUACAGCAGUUUUACAACUUCAGAGAUGGCUGUCCUGGGCGCUUGUAUAUGCAGAGGACAAAAGUCAGAGCCCUGUGCUUGUGCCUACUCAGCUGCCAAUAUGCACCGUGAAGUUCUCAGACUUCAACAAGAGUUGGAGCUGAGCCAGCAACAAACUCAAGACAGUUUCAUGAUGGCCAAUGCCUACCGGUAUGCAUUCGAAGAGCAAUUAUUCAGCUUCCGACAAAUGUUGAAACAAAUCAAUGACUUGAAUUUAAAGAAAUCUUCCACCCCAGUUUUGAAGCACAAAUCUCAAAACUCCAGCGGAGGGAAGAAGGAAUCAGUUUUAGAUUUAUGUUCCAGUCUUCUAAAACAAUCUCUUCGGAGAGACAGUAAUUCAGAAAGUGGAAAUGAGUGUGAAAAUUUCAUCCAGGAACAAUAUCCUGAAGUAGCUCAGGAUUUAGUUCAGAAUAAAUUGAAAGAACUCAAUAUUGAUUCCUUAAAAUCUCCCCACCUGAUUACAGUUCUUCUCGAAAUGCUUCAAGAAAAGAGUGAGACUUUAGCUUAUCAGAAACUUGCCAGCAGAAUCUUGGCAAAUAAACUGAAAGAACUUGAAUCUGGCUUAGAGCUUUCAGAUUCACCAAAUAACAAAGAGGAAUAUGAAACAAAGGAGCUGCAAGUGCCAAGUUCCUAGCGAAACAUUAUUCUAUUUUCAUGCAAACCAGAGUUGACUCUAACCUCCAAUUAAUUAACAUAACACCAAAGUUACUAAUUAACACAGCAGAAUAUUAAUUUCUUUUUCAUUUCCAUUUGAUCUAAUUAUGGGAGAGAACCUACAUAUCACCUCUCAAGAGCUUCAUGCUAGCAAAGAGCUUCAGGGUUUUCAACAGAAAUCAUUAAUGUCACUUGUUUAUAUUCUUGCUGUGUGUUUUGUUAAUGUUUGCUUUGGACUUUGCUAACACUUUGCACUGCUCUGAUAAUGUUUGCUCUCUGUUCUGAUAGCGUUUGCUCUCUGCUGUGAUAAUGUUCUAUGGUUUAUGAACCAAUCCACUCCACCUUCAACUGAAUCCAAAGUGACAUGUGUAGGGAAAGCUAUUCAGACAUUCUUUCCUUCUGACCACAGCCCAAAGAUAUUGACUUUUUAACACAGACCCAGUUUAAUUUUAUUGAGGAAAUGGUAGAAGAUUCGUGGAGGAUUCUCACAAGAAGUAACCUCAGCUGACACAGGUCAGAAACAUACAUACAUACAUAAGUGAGAAUGUGUGUAUGUAUGUAUGUAAUUAUGUAUGUGCAGUUAGCAGAGUCAUUAGAGCAUUGGAUGGAAUAUCCUACAGUUUUUGUUCUGAUAGACUGUGCUGUGAGUUCAAAUCCCACCAAGGUCCACUUUGUCUUUCAUCACCAUGGAGUCACUAAAAAUGUCCCAAUCGAGGGUGGUGAAUUCCCAGGGCAUUACAAGAACGAGGUCUUUGUUCUGGCUCUUUGCAUUCUGGGUCAAAUCAUACCUUGAUGUCUGAAAAGCACCCUCACCCACCCCACCCACUAGCCUAUUGUGUCCAGAAAAACAGUCCCCUGCCAGAAAUGGUUUGUGUCAGGCAGUGCCAAGAGAAAUGGGUCCUCCAUCUGGAGGGACAUAUGAAUACAUGGAAGAAUAAACGUAUGCCUUUGCAUACAAAACCUGUAAAAUAUUUGUUCAGCACUGAUUUACAAACACUCCCCUGACACAUUCAUUGAGAGAGGCGUGUUGACACUUAUAACCAAUGACAUUGUACUUUACCAACUGUGAUAUUGAAUAAAAUAAAAAUAAAUAAAACAUAUGAAUAUAAAUACUAAUGCUGGUUUGUGUGAUGUCAGAACUUCAAAGUCACUAUCAACCUACUAAAAAUUCAUAAAUAUGGUAUUUUUUCUAAAAGUACCAUAUUCAUUGUUUAAAGUAUUUAACUUUACGCAUAAAACCAAUAUGAAUAAAAAUAUUGAUUUCUAACUGUGAAAAGAAGGCCAGCAUUCUGUAGAGAAAGGCUGUUGCUUACCGUAUUAGCCCGAGAGAGUUACUUGUAUUUAUUUAAUCAACUCCAAUAGAAUUAAAACUUAGAACACAGAGCCAAAGCUUCAUAGUAACACUCUACUGCUUCGGCUCCACACUAACCUUGAUUAAUUAACAUACUAAAAAAACAGGUGGCAAUUCAUUAGAGUUCAUAUAUUCAUAGGCUUGAAUAUUAAUUGCUCAUUAAUAAAUUAAGCAAUGAUAAUGCUGGUCUCUCCCUCUCCCACCAUCUCUUUAUGACUAUGUGUGUGUGUGUGUCUGUGCAUGAACAUAAACACACAUAUUUAACAUAAAUAUGAGAAAGUUUCUAUCCCUUAAUUGUGUGAGCAUUAUGUUGAGUUCCAGAUGAAAAAUCAAUCCACAAAAUCGAUCCGAUUCUGGAUAUCUAUGACACAUAAUGAAAGCACAAAAUAAUUUAAAUAAACUGUGCUUCAACAAUAUUUACAAACAUGUAUCCUCUAGCUUCUUGUACCGCUACUACAAUGGCCACUGCUCUUCAGAACUAGCUAAGUCCAUAUCCUUUACAUCUGGCCCCAGCUCCAUACCCUCUAUCCCACAUGACUUUUCUCUUCCUAUCAUCUUUUACACUUCCUCCCCUCCUAUGUCCCACAUAAAAUAUAUCACUCAAUCCUUCUGGAUCCCACUGGAAUUUUCUUCCCUACCUACAUUCCAACAGGAGUUCAAAGUGAACAUCGCUCUGCUCUGACCCCUCUCACCAAUAUAAAAGUCAGAAAUUCUAUGAAACUCAUGGCUACUCCCUCUCUUAUUCUGAGUAAAUUGUUAUUCUACUUCAGUUUGAAAAAAGUGGGGUUUGACCCCUUUUCUGACAUCCAUUGUUACUUAACUGUAAAAUAUAUUUCUGCGUUACGCGAUAACAAAAUAUCUGAAAAAAAAAAUGUAUUUUUGUAAUGAAAGAAAUAAAAUGAAUUUGAAAAAAAUGAUUAAACAGUCAAUGUUAUUUACAAUGUAAGGAUGAAUGUGGAAUUGAUUUUAGUGAUUAUUAUUGAUCUGUGAUUGUAUGUACUAACACUGAUUGAUUUGUAUUAACCCUGGUACAGUCCACUUCUAAAUACUCACACUGAGGAUGAUUCAGUUAUGUUGUUUAUGGUAUUUUAUUGUGAUAAUGUUGAUUAUGGUAUAUUAUUGUGAUAAUGUUGAUUAUGAUGUGAAUUGUGAAGGGGAUCAAAGCCGAUGAUAAUGUGGAUUUUCUUACCACUGAAAUUGCUCAUUCUGCAGCAGCUGCUCAUGACUCUACCCAUAGGUACCUCAGUACCAGUAGGUACCUCAGUACCAGUAGGUACCUUACAACAGGCUGCAAUAAAGCCAGUCGUCACAUUACUUUCUUUGGUUGGGUUAAUUCUUCAGGUUUAAAACUACACUCAGUAGAGGCCAGUUAAACUUGCUAGGACAAUUGUGUGUCUAGUUACAGGGUGGUAUGAGAGAGAGAAAGAGAGAGAGAGAGGGGGAGAGGGAGAGAGAGAGAGAGAGAGAGAGAGAGAGAGAGUGAUGGAGGAGGGUGGUUUUGAGGAAUUAAAUACUGCUACAGCAAGAAGACAAACUUGGGAUCUUUUCUGUUUGGUUACUAGCAGCUCCAAAAGAUAAAGUUUACUGAAAAUUUUAAAAUUUGGCACAAUAAUAUACUUUUCCAAACUGAAUUGCUGGAGUUAUUUAAUUUUUUUCCAGAAAAAUGCUUUUAAAAAGUUAUAGAGGUUUAAAGUUUGAUCAUUUUCACCCAGUCAGGAAACAGGAUUUGGAAGCUGACAUUUUGUGCCUGACAAAACAUUUUGUCGUCAAUAUCCUGAAAAUAGCACGUGUUAUCAAUAUUUGUAAACAACACGUGUUAUGUCUCUGGUAAUUUCCUUUCAUGUAAGUAACUGUUUAUGUUAAUUUAGAAGAGAAAAACAGUUAGUUUUAAAGCUCUCAGCGAGAUGUUGGCAAAUAAACUUUAAUCUAAAGAUUUCUCGAAAAAAAUCUUAUUUAGCUGUUAUUUUUAGCACACCUCACAACCACCUCAAUGCUCAAUGACAAAAAGAAACGAGUUAACAAGAUUGCUGUCAACACGUGUUUCCUCGCAGACUUUUCAAAGACUGUUACUAUGUCAACAGACACAAGAGUUCUCAUGUUUCAGCUUGUUAGUAUCGAAACAGACAUGAAUGUGUCUGUGGCUUACGACUGGCUAAAAUUACCAAAAUUGUCAAACUUUUAAUUACUAAUAACUACUAACAGAAAAUUGACACUGGCAGCCGAUUGUAACCAAACAGGAAAGAUCCCAGACUCGUUCAUUGCUACCAUUGGGCUCAUCGGAACUAAUGCAACACAAAGUUCAAAACUGAGACUAAACGGACGUGUUGCGUUUUUGGCACAACGGCGACGGCGGCGGCGGCGGCGGAAGCAGCAGCAGUAGCAGCAGCCGUAGCGUAUAAAGGGAUGUAACUGAUAUCUAUAGUAGGGGAAAUAACUCUAUAUGCUUAACUAAUCUGUGUGAAAGAGGAAGGACGACGUGAAUUAUACAGGUUUUUAUCUUGAUUAUUUUAUAAGAUUAAGAUACAGAUAGAGAGAGAGAGAGAGAGAGAGAGAGAGGCACACAGACAGACAGACAGACAGACAGACAGACAGUCAGACAGAAAGAUAGAUAGAUAGAUACAUGUAUGUAUGUGUGUUUGGAUGGAUGGAUGGAUGAAUAAAUGGACGGUUGGAUGGAUGUCCGUUUAGAUGACACGCGCGUGCCAAAACAGAUGCUGUGUGAUGAGCUGGAACAAGGCAGACGUCCCCAGUGCAUGCUAGGCAAACGUUUCAAAGACCACCUUAAAGACGCAGUCAAAAAGAUCUAUAUCGAGACUAACAGGUGGGAAGAUCUUGCACCGGAUUGGGAUUCUGUGGAAUACUCUGAUUGCUACUGGUGUUAAAAAACUCGAAAACGAACAGGAUUAUAUAGACUGAGUUGAAACGUCCUAGAAAAUGUAUGGAGCAUGUGGAACCCUGUUCCUGUGAAGGGCAACAAAGAAUCUCUUUCGUGUGACCAGUGAGGUCGUAUCUGCAUCUUAAAACUAGGUCUACUCAGCCACAAAUCUGGUUAUGGAGGCACCCUCGUCUUCCAAUAUGAUGCCCAACAUGUUCUCUCGUGCACCUUGUGUAGCAGAGUGUGUGAGUUGACCAGUGGACUCACUCAGCAAUGCAAGGCCCAAGAUAUAGGUUGUGAGGCUGCUGCUUGAAGAGGCUGACUUGUGGUCAGUGUGGUCGGCGCAGUUGUGUCCAUGCCUUAACCUGGCUCUGGUGUCAAGUUGUGUUCUUUAACAAAACACAAGACAGCGUGUUUGAGUAAUUUGAUGUUUCCGAAAAGUUGGCUUAAUUCACAUUUCUUGUGCUCUGCUCUCUGGUAAUAUUUAGGCGACCCUUGUUCAAAAUAUAUAAAUGUGCUUUGGCUUGAUUCGAACAUGAAAUCUUUUCUGGGAGUAAAAGGUCAUCUAAAAACGUCAUUAUAUAACGUCUUUCUCUCAUUAUGACCGUGUAAUUAACUUGUGGUCGACUAACGCUCACGGAAGGGGAGACUGGUCGGGAAGGAUCUACUGGACUUCUUUGAAGCCAGUUGGGAAAUAAUGUGCUGUAACAUUCAUACAUUUCUCAAAGACGUGCAAAAGUCAUGACAGCCAUUUUCUCUUUGGUGGAAUACUUAUUUAAACCAUGCUUAAAAAACAAACCAACAACAAAAUAUCACACACUCAACGAGCAAAUAAACAAAAUAAAACAUUUUAAAUAAAAAUUCAUUUUAACCACUUUUUUUCUCCAGAAUAUACAAAAGGCACAAUGGUGAAUGUCUUGGAUGGCAAUUCUUGCCACGAGGUUUUCUUUUUUCUUUUUUUUUUUUUCAUUUUUUUUGUUUAUAUUAGUAGUAAUGGUUGCAAUGUUUUAAAGAAUUAAUACAAAACAAUAUUCCAAAUUGAAAACGAUAGAAAGAUACACUAACACCACACCAAAAACAAAAA